AUGCGACCUGCGAAGAUGCUUGCGCGGGGGACAUCCGCGCCGGGUGAGACGACGUCACUAUCCGCCGAGGAGAUGCACCAGGGCAUUGCGUCAUUCCUUGGAGGAAUUGACGAGCCGGUGCUUUGUGACAGCCUUGUCGCGUACGAGUUUCUCGACAACAACCUCGCCGCCCACUGGUCGCUUGCGAGGGUGCUAAGCCUCAGCGACCACCACGCCCUGCUCCAGCGGUGGCGAGCAGAAAAUGGGAGCAACGCUGACAUCCUUGAAACACUCAAGCAGGAGAAGGAGCUAAAGGAGGAGGAGGUGCGGAACUGCCGGCGCUCGUUGCUGCAGCAGCGCGAGGAGUUGGCAACCGUGCGACGCGACACAGAGGCGGAGGUGGCGCGGGCGAAGGAUAAAAUUGAAGACGCGCGCCGUCUUUUGGAGGAGGUGGAGGAGGUACGGCUGCACGAGGCCUUCAGUCGCCGCCUCCCCUCAGCGGGACUUUGCCUGGCGCUUGAGGCAAGCAUCGCCAUUUUAAACCAAGAGAGCAUGGAGGACGUCGUCAUGGGGUGGGAGGACCUGCGCGCUGUCGUGCGUCACCCCGACUUCAUCACGAGGCUUCUGGAGUACUACCCGACCGUCGAGAACAGCAUGGACGAGCACCAGGACAUCAUCAAACGCUACCAGCCAAGGCUCCUCAAGCUGCAGGAACAGGUACGGCUCUCCCCACGGAAAAUUGUUUCGGCCAAUUCUGUUUCACUUGAGUCCGUGUUUUGCGACUGGGCACUCGCCCAACUGGGGUUCAUUAUUGUUUAUCCCGAGAUAAAAAAGUCUCAGGCGCGCGCAAAAGAAAUCAGUGAGGCAAUAAACAACAACAUUCGCACAAUGAAGUUGCUUGAAACACAAAUCAGUCAAAUCAUUGAACAACAACAUCUCUACAAGGAGGGUAACAAUGUAGUUAAUUGCAACAAAGCUGACAGCGAUACGUGCCUCAGCUUUGCGGAGGCAAGUGACAUCGCACCAAUCACCGUUCCCCGCUCAUCCAUAACAGCAGCAAUUCCGGGCAAAGGCAGCGGAAUUGUCAUCGUUGGAAAGGAUGAGGCCAAACGUCUCACUUCCAGGACGGCCAUGCACCGCCCGCUAAUCUAUGCAGCCUUGGGCAGCGCACUGGAGGAGCGAGCGAGGCUAGAAGCGAAAAAUACCGACAAAACAAAGUUGAUUCAGGACCUACAACAAGAAAAGGACAAUGUAUAUAGUCAAAACAGUGAUCUAGCAAAACAACUCAAAAAUCUGGAGGAAGAAUUACACAAACUUCGGAAAGAGCUUGAACAACAAAAAACAUUUGCAAAAAAACAGGAAGAAUAUCACAAGCAGCAAAUCGAAAAGAAAAUUAAAAACCAGCAAGAAAUGUCGCGUCAACUACAACAAAGCAAGGAAGAGGUAAAACAACUCCAACAGCAAGACAAAAAGAGAGAUAAGGAAAACCACGGAUAUAAAACACAACUAGAAAAAAUGGAGGAGCAGAUGGAGGAAAUAAACAACAAAAACAAAACACUUAAAAAAUCAAUAGAACAAAAAAAUCAAGAAAUCAUUGAGUUAUAUGAACACGCCAAGGACCUACAGCUCCAGCUUGAAGAAAUGCACGCAGAGAUCGAGCAGCUGCGUGUGGAGAACGAGGAGCUGCGUGCCGAGGACGAACAUAAGACCCGUGGACUGCAGGAGGUGAGCGAGCAGGCGGAGGAUCUGCAGCGGCAGCUGGAAGAGCUUCGUGCGGAGAACGAGGAGCUGCGUGCUGAGCACGAGGAUAAGACCCGUGGACUGCAGGAGGUGAGCGAGCAGGCGGAGGAUCUGCAGCGGCAGCUGGAGGAGCUUCGUGCGGAGAACGAGGAGCUGCGUGCUGAGCACGAGGAUAAGACCCGUGGACUGCAGGAGGUGAGCGAGCAGGCGGAGGAUCUGCAGCGGCAGCUGGAGGAGCUUCGUGCGGAGAACGAGGAGCUGCGUGCUGAGCACGAGGAUAAGACCCGUGGACUGCAGGAGGUGAGCGAGCAGGCGGAGGAUCUGCAGCGGCAGCUGGAGGAGCUUCGUGCGGAGAACGAGGAGCUGCGUGCUGAGCACGAGGAUAAGACCCGUGGACUGCAGGAGGUGAGCGAGCAGGCGGAGGAUCUGCAGCGGCAGCUGGAGGAGCUUCGUGCGGAGAACGAGGAGCUGCGUGCCGAGGACGAAAAUAAGACCCGUGGACUGCAGGAGGUGAGCGAGCAGGCGGAGGAUCUGCAGCGGCAGCUGGAGGAGCUUCGUGCGGAGAACGAGGAGCUGCGUGCUGAGCACGAGGAUAAGACCCGUGGACUGCAGGAGGUGAGCGAGCAGGCGGAGGAUCUGCAGCGGCAGCUGGAGGAGCUUCGUGCGGAGAACGAGGAGCUGCGUGCUGAGCACGAGGAUAAGACCCGUGGACUGCAGGAGGUGAGCGAGCAGGCGGAGGAUCUGCAGCGGCAGCUGGAGGAGCUUCGUGCGGAGAACGAGGAGCUGCGUGCUGAGCACGAGGAUAAGACCCGUGGACUGCAGGAGGUGAGCGAGCAGGCGGAGGAUCUGCAGCGGCAGCUGGAGGAGCUUCGUGCGGAGAACGAGGAGCUGCGUGCUGAGCACGAGGAUAAGACCCGUGGACUGCAGGAGGUGAGCGAGCAGGCGGAGGAUCUGCAGCGGCAGCUGGAGGAGCUUCGUGCGGAGAACGAGGAGCUGCGUGCUGAGCACGAGGAUAAGACCCGUGGACUGCAGGAGGUGAGCGAGCAGGCGGAGGAUCUGCAGCGGCAGCUGGAGGAGCUUCGUGCGGAGAACGAGGAGCUGCGUGCUGAGCACGAGGAUAAGACCCGUGGACUGCAGGAGGUGAGCGAGCAGGCGGAGGAUCUGCAGCGGCAGCUGGAGGAGCUUCGUGCGGAGAACGAGGAGCUGCGUGCCGAGGACGAACAUAAGACCCGUGGACUGCAGGAGGUGAGCGAGCAGGCGGAGGAUCUGCAGCGGCAGCUGGAGGAGCUUCGUGCGGAGAACGAGGAGCUGCGCGGUGAGCACGAGGAUAAGACCCGUGGACUGCAGGAGGUGAGCGAGCAGGCGGAGGAUCUGCAGCGGCAGCUGGAGGAGCUUCGUGCGGAGAACGAGGAGCUGCGUGCUGAGCACGAGGAUAAGACCCGUGGACUGCAGGAGGUGAGCGAGCAGGCGGAGGAUCUGCAGCGGCAGCUGGAGGAGCUUCGUGCGGAGAACGAGGAGCUGCGUGCUGAGCACGAGGAUAAGACCCGUGGACUGCAGGAGGUGAGCGAGCAGGCGGAGGAUCUGCAGCGGCAGCUGGAGGAGCUUCGUGCGGAGAACGAGGAGCUGCGUGCUGAGCACGAGGAUAAGACCCGUGGACUGCAGGAGGUGA